GUUUCAGUUGCAGUUCAGAGUGCUGUGGGACGCCGCCAUGGAAUCAUCUUCCGAUGUCAGGGCGUUCACGCUCGUUUUUGCCGCGCUUCUCUUUACAGGAACGUUGGGACAGACUCACUCUAAACAUUUGGACUUUGGAUAUGAAGUUGAUGGACUCUUAGGACCAGACAAAUGGGUCAAUCAGUUCCAGACUUGUUCGGGCAAGUAUCAGUCUCCCAUAGACAUAGAGGAAGACCUGGUAGAGAGGGUUUCUCUGCCUCCCCUGAUGUUCGAAGGAUUUAAGGAGCUUCCCCAAGACACCAUCAUCAUCAACAAUGGGCACACAGUGAUGUUGCAGUUCAACCACAGCACUCCAGUAACUGUGUCAGGUGGUCCACUACCAGGAGAGUAUCAGUUUGCCCAACUGCACUUUCAUUGGGGCUACAAUGACAGUUAUGGAAGUGAAGAUACUAUCAACAAUCACAGCUACCCCAUGGAGCUUCAUAUGGUGUUUUACAAGACUGACUAUUCCACCAUGGAGAAGGCUAUGGAAUACAAAGAUGGGUUACUAGUCCUCGCUCUAUUUUAUGAGCUGGAUGAUGCCAACAAUGACAAUGUCGUCUACUCGGAAAUCAUUAGGAAGUUUCCCGAGAUUGAGUUCCCGAACACUCGCACACACUUGGACUUGCGUCUCAGCUUAAACGUUCUUCUGCCUUUCAACACGGAACGAUACUUUACCUACAAGGGGUCGCUGACCACACCACCUUGCCUGGAAGUGGUCACCUGGAUAGACUUCAAACAUCCGAUAUACCUCUCACACCAACAGCUCAGUGCGUUCCGCAAGUUGAGAUCAUCGGAGGGCUUCAUGACACACAAUGCUCGUCCUAUUCAGCCGUUGUCUGGACGUCCGGUGUGGUACAAUGUCCAGGAACACGCUGACAGUGGAACACACUCGGUGUUCUCAGGGUGUUCCCUUCACAUAGUCCUGCUUCUAGUCCUGAUCUCUGUUAUUCACUGGAGGUUAUAGUACCACAGAGUUAGCUACCUCAGGGGGUUUCAUAUUGAUGGAGUAUUGAAAAUAUUGUAAGAACUAAAGUGAGCAACAAAACCUUGCAUGACUUAGGAUUUUAUUACUUAGAGGCGCUCUGUUUUACUAUUUUCUUUACUGUUAUCUAAUGUUUCAAAGUAGUUCAAUGGUGGCAUAAGUUUUAUAAAACCUUUGAAUUAUGUUUAUUUUGAAUCCCCUUGGUUGAAGUUGAACUAGUCAUUAGUACUAUAAGUUGAAAAUGUUUAAGUGGAUUGCAGUUUUAUUGUGAUGAGAGUGUGUUUUAAUUCUAUGCAACCGACUUUUAAGGAUAUAAUUAAUAUUAUUUGUAUUUAUUUCAUCAGUGUUUUCAAUGUUAUUUAUAAUCAUUGCUCAUCGAUAUGCAUAUCAUAUUCGAAAUUGUAUCAGUUUACCUUUGUUGUCUAGCAAUAAAAUAAAGCUAUGCUUAUUAUUUUGAUAUUAAAAGUGCCAUCAUAUUUAAAAUCUUGGCAGAAUUGUUAGAAAAAAAAUAUAGAAAUAAUUUUCAUAUAACUGGACCAUUUCAUAUUCUUAUUUUACUUUAUAUUGAUAUACAGGGUGUUCAACAGACAAAGUCAUGUGGAUCAAAUCCCAUAAUUACACACAUAUUUAUUUUACUUAGUGAUUAUUUAUAAUUUACCACAUAUCCCUUUACUGGCAUUACUAUAAUGAGGUUACACAAAUAAAAACUGGCAAAAACUAAUAUUUUAAUGGUUUUAAACCAUACAGAUAAUUGUAUCCAUUCUUAGUCUAUAGUUAGUGUAGUGCCAUUAUUUUGAGCUCUCUUACUAUUUUCUGUACAUACAUGUUGUAGAUAAACAAUAUAAUUUUAUUGUUA